UCUCCUGCGUGUCUCUGCCAAUCUCGACAGGUUCGUGCAGGUUUCGAGAGACUCUCGUAUACAUCAUGCGUAUCUAGACAAUUUAAAAACAUGGCUACCAUGUGAAGAUAAAUUGGUUGGUUUGCACGCUGUAAACAAGUUUGUAUUUAGUUUGUCAGGCUAGUUUUGUUUUGUGUACGUGACCGCGCGAGUUGCCGAGCGACAGGAGCUUUCCUGAGAUGCUGGUGCUGGACCAAGUAGCAGUUGAGGAGCCCAAGUAGCUGUCGGGAGUGAAAGUCGCGCGAACUCGUAGCUCAAAUCAAUCCUGUGUUUCCUGCGGACUACUUCGACGUCCCCCGUUCUCUUCGCGGAUUAUCGGGAGGAGUCGUCGUGCCGUCACGAGCUGCGGAUGUAAAAACGAUCCGACUGAGAAGAUUCUAGAAGGGACGGAUGCGAUAACUUGUAUAUGCCUGUCGUUUGCAAUAGUACAAUUAUUUAAACAACAUCCAUGGAUACCGCAGACUAUGACACCAUUGUGCGUCACCCGAGAACCGUAAUCCAUCUCGAUGUUGAUUGCUUCUAUGCCCAAGUGGAGAUGCUCAGGCAUCCGGAAUUUGAGGGAAAGCCCUUGGGCGUGCAACAGAAGAACAUAGUGGUCACCAGCAAUUACCUGGCCAGGGAGUACGGUGUAAAGAAAUGUAUGCAGGUGCAGGAGGCUUUACGUCUGUGUCCAGGACUGGUCCUAGUGAAUGGAGAGGAUCUGACAAAUUAUCGUCAUUAUUCCACUAAAAUAUCAGAUAUUUUGCACCAAUUCACACCACUGGUGGAGAGACUAGGCUUUGACGAUAAUUUCCUCGAUGUGUCAUUAGUGGUGGAAAAACAUCUCAAGCCUCAGAAUGAUUCAGAGCUCGACAUGAGCGGCUCUAGCAUGGACGAGAUACUAAAGGAAUCGGUUAGUAAGAUAUUUGGCCCUUCAGAGGAGGAAUGUCCAUGUGGGUGUCACGUACGCCUGAUAAUCGCCUCCAAGUUAGCAGCUGAGAUAAGAAAUCGCAUCUUCCAAGAGCUGCAUCUCACAUGCAGUGUUGGAAUAGCGCACAACAAGCUGCUGGCUAAACUGGCUGGAUCUCUGAACAAACCGAAUCAGCAGACACUCAUCUUCCCAUGCAGUGGUCCGAUGUUGCUCUCCGCAAUGGGCUCUAUCUCUAAGAUACCUGGUGUCGGGCAAAAGACUAUGGAAUUGCUGCUGUCGAAUAACAUCAGGACGGUAGACGAUUUGCGUAGAAUACCGCUGCAGAAUCUUGAGCUGAAGAUUGGCGUCGACUUGGCGAGAAAGUUGAAGGACAACGCGGAGGGUAUCGACGAAACAGCGGUAAAACCGUCCGGCAAGAAGCAGUCUAUCGGCCUGGAAGAUGGAUUCAAGAGCGUGUCGCUAGUAGCCGAGGUGGAGUCGCGAUUGGGCGGGUUACUGAGGAGAUUGACGGAAAUGGCAAUGGAGGACGGCAGAAUCCCCGUCGGUAUGAAGGUGACCGUGAGAAAGCACGACCUGAAUAAGCCCACUUCCGGCAAAAGAGAGAGCAGACAAUGCGCGUUGCCGAAGCAUCUCUUACCGUCCACGAAAAACGGUGUGUACGAUCACUGCAAGAUGCUAGCGCUCGCCAUGAAACUGUUCCAUCGCGCGGUUGACGUCUCGAAGCCGUUCCACUUGACACUGCUUGGAGUCGCGUUUACCAAGUUCGAGGAACAGUCCUUCGGCAAGAGCAGCAUCACAUCUUUCCUGCGCAAGCAAGUUGCCGUCCAGUCCGUUCUGGACAUUACUUCCGAAGAGGGUAUCUCGGACGUGAGCCUGGGGUCGCCGAUGAGUAUUAACCAGGACAGCAACGACGGCUCGGAUCAGUCCCAGUCGGCAAUGAACGCGAUGAACACCUCUGGGCCCUCGAGUCUCUCGUGCUCGCCAAUCUCGAAAUCUCAGUGCAUGGCGAGCCAAAACGCGGAGGACGAGCUGCAGAACGAGGUGGAGCCGUUGCAGAAGAAGACUAAGCUAGAAGUGUGGCUGAGCGGUCGCCGAGAGUCGCCGAGCAACGAAAUGAGAUCCGACCUUGUGUUGGGAUCCACGUCGCCCAUGCAGUGGUCGCCCACGGUGGACGCCACGGUCAAGUCCCUGCCCAUCGAGAGGAGAGAAGUCACGCGUUCCUGGCCCACCACCAGCAAACCAAAACCAAACAAUAUACUUAAAUACUUCAUAGCUAAUAAGUGACCGAGCUCUAUAGUCUAGUAUCGAAUAUCGUCGCUUUUUUACAUGUAUACGCUUCAACCGACAACAUUGAAUGCCAGCAGCCGUGUGUGAUGCGAGGAAUAAUUAUUAACUGCACGUUAAUCUUGAGACGAGACGAGAAAGAAAGAGAGAGAGAGAGAGAGAGAGAAAGAAAGAAAGAAAGAGAGCGAAGUAUCGACGUACGGUUAAAAAUUAUUCAGUACGUCUAUUAGUUGUUCACAUCUCAUGUCACGCGAGAGAGUUCAAUUAACGCCUCGGCCAAAGUGCAUUUGCAGAUUUUACACGACAAACGACAUCAACAUUACAUAUACAUAUAGUUAUGUGUUCAGUUGCAUUUAUUACCUAUGUGCAUCGUCCUACUUGCAUAAACAUCAGGGACGUUUUUCAGCUAGAACGUAGUGUGAUAAGAUCACAUUUAAGUCUUUACAGUAAUUCGCGUUCCUUUGUAUUACUUUCGCCGCAAGUAGGGUGCGAAGACUCUCUGCGUAUUUGCUGUUACGUGCAAUUGCAGUUUUCACAUACGCGCGUAAUAGUGAAUUCUCUUGUUCGUUUACAUCGAUACACGUAUUUAGGGCAGAUCCAUUUUUCCAUCAAACAAAUUUAUACCACGAAGGGAACAUUUUUACCUGAGACAUACCAUGAGAAGUUUAGUUACGAAAAAGUGUAUUAAAAAUAAGGAAGGAAAACAGGGUGCACCCGGGAUCUAACGAGGGAAAUGAGGUUCCUCUUUCUUUAUUUUUUUUUUUUUUUAUCGUGGAACUGACGGUGUCCCAAGUAUUUUAUGUGUAACUAAUUCAUAUUAUUUCAAAUUAAUUUCUUAAUGUAUUUUCUCUUACUCAUAUUCUAAUGUAAUUAUCGCUGAAAUUUGUUCAACGAUAAAGUCGUUAAUGGUCAAUUUGAGAUUUGAGAAACUCGGACAAGUUUUGUUAAUUAUCUACACAAGACGGUGCCGAUAAACUCCGAAGCACCGAAAAAAAAAAAAAGAGAAUAGUUCGUUGCUGUCUAUAAUGAUAUCCGAGAAAAUAGCCUGCGGCAACGUUUUUAUGCGAAACGAGGCGCUGACAUUUGAUGUUGUGUAUGACUCGCGAUUUUGGAAAAAUAAUCAUAUAAUUUAACGUUUCCGCUCCCCGAAAGAAAGAAUUCUAUUUUUAGUACUGUGUUGAAUGUUAUCUUAUAAUAGGAGAUCAUAACCGAGCUGCGUCUUCGACGAGUAGAAUUUUCGAUAUCGAGCGAAGGCGUGAUGAAGUCGUCUCCUCGCGGUUGCGGAUUGUUGAGCGUUUUUUCUCCACACGCGUUUUCACGGUAUCGAGCACCCACUCCGCGAAAUCACGUCGGUUCCGAUCCCCGCUCUUGCGAUACAUCUCUACCUUGAGGAGGAGAGCACGGGAAGAGAGGCGGACUCUCUUUUGCUUCAGAGGUACAGAUGUAUGUGCGUCGAGUAUAUAUUUCGGCGAGACACAACGCUAGGAACAAAUACUCGGUUAUUCCCGUCAGGGCCACUGGCGCGGAGCUCCAUUCAGAUGAAGAGUAAAUGAGUAAUUAUAUAUAGUAUAUAUAAACGUGUAUAUUAUAUUGUGUAAUUAUCUCUGAGGAAUGUACUAGACAAUCAUAAAGUUUUAAUGCCGCUUCAGUAUGGUACACGGUGAUUGUCAUAUACACAUAUAUAAUACACAUACACACACGCGAUAGUUAAAUAUAUAUAGAUAUAUAUCUCGAGAUACAGAUUAGCACAUACACACACCACACACACACACACACAUGCACACGCCAGAAACGCCGAUCCAUUACUGAGCGUGCGACACCGGACGUUCAACGACGAAAAGAGCCGCAAUUUUACUUUUUGCAGAUACUUAAGGAACACACGUGUUGCAUGCGGGUGAAAGCAAAGUCCGCAGGUGAUAAACCGAAACAAUGUAGCUUUUGUAUUUACACAAGACGGGAUAUUCAUUAAGAUUGCUUACAUUCUUUAAGGGCGCGACGGGGGAGGAGGGGAAGAACGAGCGUGAGAGAUAAGAAGGAAAGGGAGAGAGUACGGAAGAAGGAGAGACAAGCGAUGCGAAGAGAGAUGCAAUGAUAUGCGUAAUAGAGAUUACUUAUUACUACCGAGCUUUUCUAUUUUUAUUUAUUUACAACAUAGGCGAGAAACGGUACUGUGUCUUGAUUUUAAACCUCUGGUUGUGAAUACAUGCAUAUUUUAUACGGACUUGUUCGCGGGGGAAAUGCGCGUUGCGGAACACACGCUCGACGACGACGACGUCGCCGUCGUCGUCGUUGUCGAGGUUGCGCUUGAACGCGGGACUUCGCGCUUGGAAUAAUAACACGUCGAAUGGUCGUUGUAGUAUCGCUGCUAGGUCACAACGCCACUCCGACCGUGUUAGAUGCGACGUUGAAGGCGACUGGUUUGACUUUGAUUUGUUUUGAGAGUGACAACGCGAUUCUGCGCGGCUCGCAUUGCCUCCGAUUCGUCUCAAUAAAGAAACUUCGAGUUGAACA